GCAUGUACCGUCUGUCGCAAGAAGAAAGUCAAGUGUAACGGUGCGCAACCAACCUGCUCUCGCUGUCAUUCAAUGAAGAUACCAUGCCAAUAUUCAGACCCACCUCGAAAACGUGGUCCUCCAAAGGGCAAGGUUGAAGUCAUCGAAAGUCGCGCCCACCGUAUUGAAUCUCUUUUC